AUGCCGUGUCCGUUCGGGUACAGCAUUGAGGACGUGACGACCCCGGUGAAUGGGAACGCAAGUCGUUUAAGGAACUGUCACGGCCUUGCGAGUGCUGCCCGCUCCUGCAACGCGUCCGCUGCGCGUCAUGACCAACAAAUUGCCGUCGUCGCUAGCAGCGGGAAAGAGCCUGCCGUAGAAGACUACGAACAGGACUAUUUUCCUGGCAUAGGAAGCAUUUGUUUGGAGCAGUCUCGCCGAGCACCUGAGGAAGAACGGCCGAACUGCGUGCUUCCGGAACCUCCUUUGCGACCCGAGGAGCUGAAUCAGGGCUACUGGCGGGAUGUCGAAGACGAGGAACUGUGCGCUGACGGAGACGAAAUGGAAGAACCUCUAGAAUCGACUAGUCCACAAGAGACGCCUCUGGGUACUGAAACACGCCCAACGGAGCACGACGCGGGAGUACUCGUCGUCACCGGCUCGAAAACUUCCGAGGAUGCGUCCGCAUUGUCGGGCCCUGUUGCUAUACAGCAUACAGACGAAGCGAACGAAGCGCUGGCGGGGAUGUGCGUUGCCCACGGAUCGGACUCGAGCACCUGCAACGGGUGUACUGCGGAAUGCGAGACCUCUCCGGCGAGUCGUGACCCCGUCCAUGCGCUUAACAAUAGACGAGGAUUGGGGAGCUCUCAGCCAUGGAACGGGAGCAACAAGGCCGAUUGGUUAGAUUGUAGCAGUAUUACGGAGAGUGAAAACUCGUUAUUCACGGAGCGCGCUUGUCAAGGCGGCAUUUGUGGCGACUUGGAGCCGCGUGCGGCACUGGAGUGCGCACCUGAUCCUUUGUCUGGCGACCGUCUGGCGGAGGGUCGAACUCGCACACUACCGAGAAGGGCAGCACGCUCCCCGGCAUGGCGCCGAGAGGCACCUGUGGCCAUGUGGCCACCGCGCCCAGCAUCCAGUCUGCAAUCUAGCUCGAAGCUCGCUGCAACCGUUUCGGAGAGCAGUGCAUCUGCGUCGCACUGGACCUCGACACGAGCAGGUGACUCGCCGCCGGCUCUGGGCUGCAUGGCGCCAGCGGGUAACGCAGCAACAAGUCCUGUUCCUCAGAUGGAGUUACCACGGGACCAGCGCAGCACCGCGUACAUUCGACAGCGCAAGGGCCGCCCGCUCUACUAUAAUUCCUAUCUCAAACUGGAUCGGCUGUUUUCUUGCCAAGAUCCGAUCAGUUGGCGGUUUGGCGAUCAUGCACACGACGAAAUGUUGUUCAUUACGGUGCACCAGGUAUACGAGCUGUGGUUCAAACAACUCAUCUACGAGCUGGAUAGCUUGCGAGCCCUUUUCCUGGCCGAAUCGAUGGCAACCGAUGGAGUCAGAGCUCAGCUCAGGGUUUCUGUGGACGCAAAUCGCAUGAUGAAUCUCGCUUUGCAUCGUCUGGAUCGCAUGGUGGAAAUCCAGCGAAUACUCGUCGAGCAGAUCCGCGUUCUGGAAACCAUGACACCGCAGGAGUUUCUCACUUUCAGAGAUUACCUGUUUCCAGCAAGCGGAUUCCAGUCAUGGCAGUAUCGGCUGCUCGAAGUGAAGCUCGGUGUCCGCGCAGAACAGCGCAUCUCAAAUCACUGGAAACUGCAUCUGUCGGAGGAGCAUCAGGCCGUUUUGAGCGAUGCAGAAAAAGAACCCAGUCUCUUCGACUUGAUUAACCAUUGGCUCGAGCGACUGCCGUUUGUCGUCACGACCGAGGCCGACUUCAACUUCUGGGACGCGUACCGUAAGGCAACGGAGCGGAUGCUGGCCCUCGAUCGAGCGUUUAUCGACCGUGAGAUUCACGCUGGCGCAGACCGCGCUCGCGCCUACCGAGAACUAAGUCGCAUGCGCAACCUCUACCGCUCGGUGUACGAAGAACAAGUUCACCAGGAAAUGGUGGAGCGCGGCCAAAGACGCAUGAGUUUCAAAGCGAUGGCCGCAGCGCUCCUCAUCAUGCUCUACGAGCGGGAAGCGCCCUACCUCCAGUUGCCGCAUCGGGUGCUACGCCGUCUGCUCGACCUCGACGAGGGCAUGGCGCAGUGGCGUUUCCGGCACGUACAACUGGUAUCGCGAAUGAUUGGCUCGAAAACCGGAACCGGAGGAUCGCUGGGCGUUCACUAUCUCAUGCUCACGUUGGAGGCCAGUCGGGUGUUUACCGACCUUGGCAACAUGGCGGCCUUGCUGAUCCCAGCGCGACUCUUACCGGAUCUGCCGGAGAAGCUUCGCCAACAACUGGAAUACGCCUGGACGCAAGUGUAA